AUGGAUACGAUAGAGCAAAGGCCGAGCGCAGAUGCUUCAAAUGAUAGCAAAAGCGUUUCUCCGACUCGACAGCCGAAAGAGAAGCGCGAAAAGGCUGGCGCAAAAUGGCAAGCGCAAGAGACACAAGAAAUUCCCAAGAACAACCUAUUCCUUGUCUUCACGGGCCUGAUGUUGACAGUCUUCCUGGCUGCAAUGGAUCAGACGAUUCUGGCUCCAGCGAUACCAACUAUCGUACGGGAUCUUAACGACCCCAGAGGCUACUCGUGGAUAGGCUCAGCUUAUCUACUGACAGCAGCCGCCUUCUCGCCGCUAUACGGAAAGCUAAGCGACCUCAUUGGGCGGAAGAUCGUGCUCUAUUUUGGCAUCGCUAUGUUCCUGUUCGGUUCUGCACUUUGCGGCGCAGCGAAGAACAUGGUCUGGCUAUGCUCAGCACGAGGCGUUCAAGGUAUUGGCGGCGGUGCUAUCAUUCAGAUGGUACAAAUUGUCAUCUCAGACAUUGUUCCUUUGAAAGAUCGAGGAAAGUACGCAGGCGCAAUCGGCUCAGUCUGGGGUAUCGCAAGCAUUAUUGGACCGACUCUGGGUGGCCUGCUCGUUCAGCGAGUCUCCUGGGUUUGGAUAUUCUACAUCAAUUUGCCGACAGGAGGCUUCGCAGCGGCGCUGCUUUUCUUCUUCCUCAACGUCAACCCGCCCAGCAAGAAGCGCACUUUACGUCAACACAUCCGAGCAUUCGACUUUUCAGGCCUCUUCUUCUUGGUUGUCGGCGUCGUCUGUCUGCUCGUUGCGUUCAAUCUUGGCGAAACUGACUGGAGCGCCCCCCCUACUAUCGCACUGCUUGUAGUCGGUCCCGUCCUGCUCGUCGCUGGCGUCUUCAACGAGAUCUAUGUAGAGCAAUAUUUGCAGCGAGAGCCAAUCGUACCGCCUCGCUUGUUUCACACACGAACGACUGGCAUCGUACUCUUCACUGUCUUUAUUCACGCUUUCAGCUUCUUCGGCGUGUCCUAUGUAUUGCCGACCUACUUUCAGAUUCUUGGCUCAAAUGCACUUCUCUCUGGCGUCAAAAUGUUACCGCUUUCACUAGGCUCGGCGGUCAUGGCAAUCGUAUCGGGUCAGAUCGUUGCUCGAACUGGCAAAUACAAGCCAUCCAUGUGGUGUGGCUGGUUCUUCAUGACGCUCGGCUUUGGACUCUUGAUACUGUUGCGCGCAAAUAGCAGCAUCGCCGAACAAGAGAUCCUGCCAUUGAUCGCUGCAGUCGGCAUUGGGCAAUUAUUCCAGACGCCGCUGCUUGCUCUACAAGCCUCGAUACCUAUGGCGAGCAUGGCCACGGCCACGGGCGCCUUCGGCUUCAUUCGAACGCUGUCGGGCGCAAUCGGUAUCGCCGUCUCAGGCUCAAUUUAUGGCUCGCUGGCCAAGAGGAACUUGAUGAAUAUCCCGAAUUUUGAUGCAAGCGUCAUUGGCGGCCUCAACAAUGUCCUUGCCACGAAUUUGCCGGAUCUGAAACAUUUGCAGCCGCCAGAGUUGCGUGAAGAGAUCAUGGCGGCGUUCUGUGACGGCAUACGCAUCUUCUACGUUGUGUGCGCGCCCCUUUGCUUCAUUGGUUUCUUGUCAACCUUCGGCAUGCGAUCAUACUCGCUCAACCGAGAAGUCGUCAGGCUUCCCGGCAAAGAUAAGAUCGCGCCAGGUGAUCCGGUGCCAACGGAUGCCGCCAAAUCUGACGACAUCGAAAAGGGCUCAAUUCAGUCCGAGAAGGACGAAGGCGAAGCAGAGAAAUCUGCGGCGCCAAUAUCAACGAUAGUUGCAGCGAGCGCGGCGGGCGCGAUGCCUGGCCAAAUGGGUGCUACCAAUGGAGUCAAUGACGUCCCUACAGCGCCAUAG